AUGCACUACACAUAUACCCUUUGCGGCGUUUGGCGAUCUUAUGAUAUAUACGACUACCAGUACUACACGCUGUGCGAGUCAUCUUGCAUCGAUGAGCGUGGUGACGUUGGUGGAGGAUAUUGGGAUAGCAAAGACAUUAUUCGCCGUCGAUUCUUGAGGAACGUCGUGUGGUCGGGAGGCGAGGCACUGGGAAGGACACCACAUUCACUGGCUCUAGAGAUUUCGAUAGAGCCUUUCAUAACUCCUGGGCUAAUCAGCCUACCGAAAAAAAAAAAAUAG